AUGGCGGCUGGCCUUCCGCCGCCCUCGCCCAGUCGCAGCCGUAGUCGCAGGUCGCGCGGACACCGCGACGAUGACAUCCGGACGGCACGCCGCGCAGCCACCCUCCCAGCUCCCACCACCUACAACGAGUACAAGGUCAACAGGCCUCGCGAUGGCGGCGAGAGGAAAUCCAAGUCCAGGUUUCUCAGUGUGAAGCCCGCCGGCGAGAGUGGCCGUCGCGGCUUUCAUCCUUGGCACUUUAUCCGCAUCGGCUUCCGGUCGGCCAGCAAGGCCAGUGCCGUUUGCAAUGUCCUCUGGCCCGUCGUCCCGGCCGCUCUGGCCGUGAGAUAUACCUUGCCGGAACGCCACAUCCUUACCUUCAUCCUCGCCUACAUCGCCAUGGUUCCCUGCGCAAACCUAAUUGGCUUCGCCGGUCAGGAGUUUGCCCGGAAAGUGCCUCACGUUGCCGGUGUGCUCGUCGAAACUACCUGCGGAUCCGUCGUUGAAAUCAUUCUUUUCAUGGUUCUGCUGCGCUCCGACCUCUUCUACGUCAUCAAAGCCGCCAUCCUCGGCUCCAUUCUCGCCACUAUGCUUCUCUGUCUGGGUCUCUGCUUCUUCGUCGGAGGCUUACACCGGGAAGAGCAGACCUUCAGUGACGCCAUCAGUGAAGCCGGGAGCGGCUUGCUGCUUACCGCUGGCGUUGUUCUUGGCGUUCCUACCUUCUUCCGCGUUAGCAUGGCUGUCGAACCGACUCAGGCUGGGCUGGAGCCGGAUUCACGAGUGCUCGGUAUCUCUCGCGUAAUCUCCGUCCUGCUCAUCAUCUCGUACUGCGUCUUCGUCUUCUUCCAGGCGCGUACUCACCACGGCAUCUACGAUGCGGUGUUCGAACACGAUGAGCAUCAUGAUCGCGACAAGAACAAGGACCUGGCCAAGGACAAACUCACCAUGACAGAGUGCAUCAUUGCCCUGGCCAUCUCGAUAGCUCUGGCCACGCUCAUUGCCAUCAUGCUCAUCCAGCAGAUCGAGUUCGUCAUUGAGGAUGGCCACGUCUCGGAUGCCUUCAUGGGCCUGAUCCUCGUCCCGCUCGUCGAGAAGUUUGCAGAGCACCUGACGGCUAUUGACGAGGCGUGGGACAACCAGACCAAUUUCGCGCUUUCGCACGUACUGGGUGCCACGCUACAGACGGCACUCUUCAAUGCGCCGCUCACGGUCAUUGUGGGCUGGGGAUUGAACAAGGGCAUGAACCUGGAUUUUGAUCUCUUCAACCUUGUCAUGCUGAUCCUGUCCAUACUCACCGUCGGCCGCUUCCUCCAGGACCAGAAGAGCAACUACCUGGAGGGCUUCCUGCUGGUGAUUCUCUAUGUUGCCAUAGCCGUCUCUGCGUUCCACACUCCGGAUCCGCCGGGGCAUGGCAGCAACGCAGGGCACAGUGAAGGAGGGAGCGCCGAGGGAGGCCAUUAA